GAGAUGGGAUCAAACGAUUUUGAGGCAUCAUUAAAUUAGUUUAAAUUAAAGCAAAAUUGGAUUGAAUCGUUAUCAGCUUUAUCAAUCGGCCAAAGGAGAAAGGAAAUUUCUCCAGAGAGAGAGAGAGGUGCGGCAAACUUUCGAUUUUUGGGAGCUUGCUUACUUAUUUGAGUUAUUUCUGAGGUAAAAACUUGAGUAGUUGGUGCUCAUCAAUGCGAUUUCUCUUCGCCUCGUGUUCGCUCAACCCCUCGUAAGAGGACUUUCUUCUCCGCCGGAAAGGAGAAAGUUUGACUAGUGCCGAGCAACUGAGCGAAUACCAUGGCACAAAAUUCUCGGGUGCCCCAAUUUGGAAAGUGGGAAAAUGAUGGCAGUGUUCCAUAUACUCAGUAUUUUGAGAAUGCCCGGAAGGGAAAGAAUGCAACAAAGCUGAUCAAUCCAAAUGAUCCCCUUCAAAACCCAGAAGCAUUUCACCAGGAUGAUCCUCCAUUUCAUACCUAUCCAUCUCGAGCACCAUCCAGUCAAGUAUCUGCAAGGGUGAAACAUGAGCGACAUAAGAGUCGAGAAGAUGUUGAUGUAAAUCGAGCUGUGAAAUACUUGAGUACAGAAAACUUGGCAACUCACAAGCAUGUCUCAGGUUCACCCAACAAGCGUCACGAUCAAGGAAAUUUGGGUCAUCCCCAGAGGAAGCCAAACCAUAGUAAUGGCGAAUUAGAGCAUAGCAUUGAGCGCUCCCCUAUUCAUCCUCAUCUUAGUUACAGAUCUUCAAGCAAAGGUGCCGUUUCUUCUCCUUCAAGAGAAAGGAGAUCCUCAUCAGAUAAGCAUGGACUAGCUCCCAACACUCCAGGAAGAACUAAAAUGAAGCCCAAUGACCAAAGUGAUUACUCGAUUGAUAAAGGCUCAGCUGUACCAAAAUUUGGUGAAUGGGAUGUGUCGGAUCCUUCAUCAGCUGACAGCUACAGUUACAUAUUCAACCAAGUGAGGGAGGAGAAGCAUAGUGGUUCUACUAAGAUCUCUUCUAUUUCCCGUGAGUCAAAUUCUAAUGGUCAAAAGAAAAAGAUAAAUUCUGAAUCUACGGAUGUCUGCUGCUUCUGUUUCAAGAAGUGAAGGUUAUUUUCCGGAUUAUAGAUUUAUUUUUGUUUGUAAAUAUCUGGAAGAAGAUCCGGCUAGUGCUUAUUGUUCCUUUGUUGGAAAAGUUCAUUCUUUUCCCAGUUAUGUGCUCAACAACUAGUGUGGUUGCAUCCAAGUCAAACUUUAUAACUUGCUACAUUAUAUCAAUAGAAUUCGAAUUCCUAAAAUUUAUUUGUCAGUUGGAAAGGAAAACAUCAAGACUUAACGCUUUCAUCGCCAAAGAAUGUUUCCCACUAAAAUGCAAGAGGCUAUUAAGUGAGAUGGAAAAGUAGUUGCAGAUUCAAUGUUGUAGCAAGUUGCUGGAAAUGUCAGUGUGGUUUUGAAGAGGUUGGUAGUUCCAUCGGUUGUAUUAUUUACAUUUCAGAUCUUUUUUCUUUUGUUUUUGAGAAGUGUUCUAUGAUUGAACUUAUCAGCCAAAAAUGAUUUCCAGUGAAGUUCUUUCUA